AUGACUAACCAUCAUCCAUAUCUACUGAAACCAUCACAACAGAGGGAUAAAACAUCUUUAAUACCCAAAAUUCCUAGAAAUAAACAUAUUCGUCAACAACAAUCCCCACCACAAACUGCACAAUCUCCACAUAAAACUUCUUAUCAAGAUGAUUUAUUUUCAUUUAUAAAUUUUAAUGAAUUUGAAUUUUCUCAACGAGGCACUUUAUUAAAAUCGAAAACAAGAACACCAAAUCAAUUUUUCUUAACUAAAAACCCCAAUCAGAAUAACCCCCUCCUUGAAUCUAAUUCCAAAAUUCAAGAUAAUGAUGAUAAUAGUGGGAGUGAUACUAUAAAUAGUACCACAAAUAAUACCACUAACAAUACCAAUACUAAUAAUAAUAUCACCACCACCAUUACCACUAAUGAUUGUAGUAUAUUUUCAACCCUUGAAAAUAACAAGAAUAGAAAUGACACUACUGUUGCCACUAGCACAAUUUACAACAUUAGUAAUAAUGAAUUAGUUGAUACAUUAUCUAUUGUUUCAUCUAAUUUGAUAGUUGAUGAUAAAUAUCGAUUGAAUAUUAUUUCUGAUGAUGCUUCAUAUCAACCAUCACAUGUUAACAAUAAUAAUAACAUUCAUAAUGGUACAAUAACUACCACCACCACUACUACUACUACCACAUCAAUAGUUGAAGCCACUGGUUGUAGUAGUAGUAUAAUUACUCCUACACAAAGUACUAAAGUGGUAGUGGGAAAAAAAUUGAUUGAUCGAUUACAUCAUAGUUUGAUUGAUUAUACUAGUGAUCAUGUACUGAUUGAACAAGGAUCUAUUGAUUGUAGUAUUGAAUCAGGGGAAAAAGAUUACAAUUGUAAAUUUAAUACUCAUCAUCACUACCAAGGAGAAGAAGAAGAAAGAUUUGGUGACAAUAAAUAUUAUCAGAAUAUUAUUCAUCACAAUGGAAAUCAAUGUGACAAUGUAUCUCCCUCACCAUCAUUAUCACCACCAUCAUCUUCGUACAUGCAAGAUCAACCAUCAUUAGAUUUAUUAAUAUUAUCACCACAAAAAUCACCAACAACUAAUCAACAUCAUAAGAAAUAUAAACGAAAAUUAUUAAAACCAAAUACUACAACAACAACAGCAACAGGAACACCAAAAAUUUCAAGAUUAUCUUUAUUAGAUUCACUGCAUCCAAUGAUUCCUAUACCUACAUUAUCAUCAAAAUUUCUGUCGACUAUAUUAAUUGAUGAUCCAAUAGCUAUAAAUAAUAAUUUAAUGACUAAUGCUAUAUAUCAACCACAAUUAACCCUGACCCAUAAACAUAAACAUAAACAUAAACAUAAUCAACCAAAUUAUCCAUUGGAUCCAUUUCAAGAAUCAUCAGUUACAACGGCUACUACAACAACAACUACUACUAAUACUACUACAUCAGUGGUAUCAAAACAUGGAUCAUUAACUAAUGUGAUACAAUUGAUGAAAAAGAAAGUUCGACAUUUAUAUAAUAAUGUUCUUCAUAAUAAAGGAGUGAAUGAAAAAUUAAACAUAAAAAAAGAAUUGAAUUCUGAAAAUGCCAAAGAUAAUAACAAUGAAAUUCAAGAAGUAAACAAUCUUGAAAUAAAACCAAAUUCAUGUACAACAACAACAACCACAACUAUUAGUAAUAGUGGUAGUACCAUGACCGCCACCACCACCGCCAUCGCCAACACCACCAUAACCAAGCCGAAAAAGAAAAUGAUAAAUAAUACCAAUACAAUCGAUAAUCAAAAUCAUAAAAAUAACACCAACAAGCUACUAUCUGAACUCAAACCACCCAACACUACAUUAAAUCGUACAUCAAAUCUAAGAUUAAAUCGAAAUAUGACGAUGACAGGAAUAAAUCAUGAUAAUAUAUCUAUAAAUGGCAGUAUAAUAAAUGAAGGAUAUGAAAAGGAUGAACAAUUGACUGGAGCAUUACUUUAUAUAAUUAGUGAAUAUCCCCAAGAAGAGGAAGAGGACCAAGAAGAAGAAAAACAAGAAAAAGAGGAAGGGGUUACCAAGUCACAACAAAAUCAAAUUAUUAAAUCAAAAGAGACAUUAUCAUCAUCAUCAUCAUCACAUGGUGAUAAUCGAUUAAUUGGAAAAUUAGAAGAAAGUUCAAAUGAUGGUGAUGAUGAACAAAGUAAUUCUAAUUUACAUAGUCUAGAGAGUUCUAAUGAACAACAACAACAAAAGGAUAUUACUACCGUGGCGGAGGGAGCUGAAAUUGAAAUUGAAAUUGAAACUGAGAAAGAAAAAGAAGAAGAUUUUUAUCAUGAUAAUAAUGAUAGUAAUACUAGUUUAGAAAAUUUUUAUGGACUUGACAAUGAAUUUUUAUUCAAUAGUAUAACCAUUAAAUGA